GUGUCAGAGCCAGAGAGAGAAGGAAAAAAGGUCCAGGAGAAAGGAAAAGAGAGGAUGUGGGAGAGCGUGCGGGGAGGAAGAAAAGCCAAGGAAGAGAGAAUGUGAGUGUGUGUGCGCCGCGCGCACGGAGUGGGAGAAAGAGAGGAGAGAGGAGGAGAGAAAGAGACUUGGAGAGGGAAGGAAGGGAAGGAGCGGUUGGAAGCCAGGAGGAGCGAGCUGGAGGCGGAGACGAAGAAGUGGGGGCGAGGCGCAGGGCGCGGGCGGGGCGCACCGCCAGCUCCAUCCCUGGCCGGAGCGCAGCCGGCGCGGGCGCUGGACGGAGGCGAGCCGGAGCGGAGCCACUUCAGCGGCAGCAGCUCCAGAGGUGCCUGUUCUGGACAUUUCAUACCCACGGAAUCAUACGCUCACGCUCUCCAGUGGACUCCAGAGGGAGAGGCAAGAGUGCUAGACCCCCGUCAUGUGGUUGGGAGCAGCCACCCGCUAUGGAGAAGGCUGCAGCCAUGUCUCCACAUGAUGCCUCCCCAGUAAAACCAAAGCCACCUCCAGACUCAUGCCCCAGUGCGUCAGUCUCUAUGCAAAACCUGGAGAGUGGAGAUCUGUUCAGUCCCAGGAGGAAGCCGGCUCUGCCACGGGGUCAUUUGAGGACUGGGGUUUGAACCAGGAACCUCGCUUCAAGGACUAGCUUUCCCUCAUCUUCCUUCAUGCUCAUGCCCAACACCUCCUAAGAGACAGCUUUACUUAUCUCUAGAAAAACAGCACUGGAUCGGUCAUUGCAGCCUCUCCACAUCUGUACACUUCUCUUGGCUCUGUUGGGCAGCUUGGAGCCCAGUGGUGGACAUAAUUGACCCUUUGGGGAGCUGGAAGAGAAGCAGCCAGGGGCCGGAGGCAGGGGAAGGAGUCAUAGGGUCCCAGGAUGGCGUCCAAUGGCACGACCUCUUCCUUUUGUCUGGACCCUGCUGCGUUGAAGAUCACCGUCAGCGUGGUCCUCACCCUCUUCAUCCUCAUCACCAUCGCCGGCAAUGUAGUCGUCUGCCUGGCGGUGGGCUUGAACCGCCGGCUCCGCAGUCUGACCAACUGCUUCAUCGUGUCCUUGGCCAUCACUGACCUACUCCUCGGCCUCCUGGUGCUGCCCUUUUCGGCCUUCCACCAGCUGUCCUGCAGGUGGAGCUUCGGCAAGGUCUUCUGCAAUAUCUAUACCAGCCUAGAUGUCAUGCUCUGCACGGCCUCCAUCCUCAACCUCUUCAUGAUCAGCCUCGACCGGUACUGCGCCGUCACAGAUCCCCUGCGCUACCCCAUGCUGGUCACCCCUGUCCGCGUCACCAUCUCCCUGGUCCUAAUCUGGGUCAUCUCCAUCACCCUAUCCUUCCUGUCUAUCCACCUGGGGUGGAACAGCAGGACUGAGCCCAGCAGUGCCAAUCACACCAUCCCAAAGUGCAAAGUCCAGGUCAACUUGGUGUAUGGCCUGGUGGACGGGCUGGUCACCUUCUACCUGCCUCUGCUGGUCAUGUGCGUCACCUACUACCGCAUCUUCAAGAUCGCGUGGGAUCAGGCCAAGAGGAUCCAUAAUGUCGGCUCCUGGAGGGCAGCCACCAUCAGGGAACACAAAGCCACAGUGACCCUGGCAGCCGUGAUGGGGGCCUUCAUCAUCUGCUGGUUCCCCUACUUCACCGUCUUUGUUUACCGUGGGCUGAAAGGGGAUAAUGCCAUCAACGAGACCUUCGAAGCCGUGGUUCUGUGGCUGGGCUAUGCCAACUCAGCCCUGAACCCCAUCCUGUACGCUGCUCUGAAUAGAGACUUCCGCACAGCAUACCAGCAGCUCUUCUGCUGCAGCCCCACCGACCACGGCACCCACAGAACUUCUCUGAAGUCCAACAGCUCUCAGCUGACGAGGAUUCCAAGCCAAGGACCCAGGUGGCAGGAAGAGAGGCCCCUGAGGCUCCAGGUGUGGAGUGGGACAGAGGUCACGGCCCCCCAGGGAGCCACAGACAGGAAGCCAGCGAUGUCCUGCACCCUGUGCUCCAGCAAUCUUCUGAGCUGCUGCAAGAGCCUGUGGGCGCUUAGGUUCCUCCAGAGACACAUGGGAGGCCCCUUGGAGGAGCAGCCGGGAGAGCCACUGUCUGAGGAGCUGCUAAGGACACUAGCCCAGGAAUCGGUGAGAAUGCUACCCUCCGAGGCUGUCUAGACCCAGCCCCAGAACGCUGAACAUCCUGCUUCUGGUCACCAAAAUUUGACUCCUGGAGCCACUAAGGACCCAGCAGCCGCCCCCAAACCACCGAGGACACACCCUAGCCUGAGUCUGGGGACUCCCAGAGCACAUGGUGGGUGCUGGGGUCCUCUGGCCUAGGAUGGAGCAGACUGCUCUGCACUCAGACUCCCCUGGGUCUGGGUCUGCUGAAUCCCAUGGGUUCAAAGCUCAGGUUGGUGCUGGCCCUGAGUCACGGGCAGAGACGGUGGGACUUUCGGGGAUGUGCGCACAGGUGCAUACACAGAGGUGUAUGUGCCGACACACGCCUGCCCUCUGAGCACAGCAGAGGGUUGUUGCCACGAAGCAUUGGCCUCUCACUCCCUCGUGGGUUCUGCGGGAUGAAGGGAGGGAAGGGAAGGGAAAGGAAGGCCAUUAGCCUUUAAUGAACACCUACUGUGUGCCGAGUACGUCACCCGCCUGAGCUCACGUCAUCCUCGUUACAUGUGGCAGGGAUGGUUGACCUGUCUUUACAGGAAUGGAGAAUGAGGCUCAGAGAAGUAAGGGGCCACUCAGCUAGAAAGUGUGCCUGGCACAUAGGAGGCACUUGAGAAUAGUUGCUAAAGGAAGGAAGGAACAAACAGACGAACAGACAAAUGGGAGGGUGGGUAGAAGCCCAUGCUCUUGACACAACACUACACUGCCUCUCAGGAGAGGCCACGAUAUUUCCUUGACUCAGCAGACCCUCCUGCUAGCGAGGCUCAGACCCGGAGCCUGGGGGGGUCCCUUCAUGCUGCAGUUCUGACCCUCUCUGGUGCUUUCUAUCAACAAGGAGUGGCAUGGAACAGACUUGCUGGGGCAAGUGUGCGGGGCCACAGGGAGGGACAGGGAGAGGUGGGGUGGUGAGGACAUGACAGGCAGGGGUGGGGAAGCUGGUCCCGCUGCACCCUCUGCUGGAUGUGGGACCGUGGGUGUGGCGGCGGACACCUUGGAGCAGCUCUUUUCUCCUCUGUCCUAGGGGCUACGCUCUCCUUUCCUAUUUUCAGGGUUGUUGAAGAGACCCAAAGAGGUGAAGGAGGUGGCAGCCCCAGAGAGAUGAUGGUGUUUCUGGGCUCUCCUCGCUGACCGCUGCCCCUCCCUGAGCCCACUCUUCCCUUGGUUCCAAGAACCCCUGUUGUGGUCCCCCUUCCCCAUCGACCCCUGCCUUUUCAGUCCCUCUUUCAGCCCACCGUUCUCUCCCCAGCCACCACAUGUGCUGUUCCCCAAGGCUCAGUCCCGAGUCUUCUCCUCUCACUGCGAUUUCUCGCCCUCUGUGGCCUCGUCUCCACCCACUGAAGGUACCAAGAGACUUACCUCUAAGGAGAUUACUCACACAUGUGUACCUGGAGCCCAGGCUCCUUCUGGGAGCCUUUGACUAACUUUCAACCUCACCGUGAGCAUGUCCACAGCUGCGCCUUGACCAUCUCCCUGCACCGCUCCUCUCCCAGGGUCCCCCUUCUUGGACAGAAGCCCUGCCAUGGGCUCCAAAGGUCAAUCUUGGCAUCAACUUUCUCCUGGCUCCGCACGGUCCAUCCUCUUGUAUCCUAGCUCCCGCUUGUAUCCACCAUUUACCUGGUUCUCUCCACCUGCCCUGUCAUCACUCAGUCCCACUGCCAUCCCCUCCAUCAGGACAAUUGAAACAGCUUCCCGUAUUCCCCACUGGCCUCCCCCAAGCCCACCGUCCACCCCACGGCCACACUGGGCUGUGCAAAAUGCAAACCCGUACAGAAAAACAUCUUUCCCACAGCCCUCAGGCCCCGCGUGGUGGGCUCCGACAUGCCUUCCAGCCUCCUGUUGCCCCACACUCCCUUCCAUCUCUUCAUCCCAACCCUAGCGGCCUUCUGCGUUGGGUUUCUUUAUCUCACGGCUCCUCCAGCUACCAGGACACACACAGAGCUGUUUCCAUGACUUGAAAAGCUCCUCUUGCCCUUUCAGCCACAGGAUCUCAGCCAAAACAUCACUUCUUGAGGGAGUCUUCUUUGACCCUCCCUAUCGGGUCAGUCCUCCCACCCGUACCCACAGAACUGUCCUUGGAAGCCAUGGGCAUGGUUGUCAUUUACAGUCAUCUGUGUGGUUCCCUGACCCCUGUCCGUCUCCCCUACUCAGGAGGUCAUGAGUCCUGCCUAUUUCUGUUGACCCUUGUAUGUCUAGCCCUUAGAAGACUGUUUGGCCUAUAUAAGGCACGAUUUGCCCCAGUGGCCCCCAGAGAUGCUCAGUCUCUUGGCUGGAUUCCUUCUGGAAACCCCAGGAUCCCCUUCUUGGAAAUUUCCCCAGGAGUCUGAGACAGGUGAAUCUCUAAGUCAUGGCCAAGUCGAUGGAGCACAAGACUGGUCUGGCUGAUCACAGACUCAGCUGGUCAGGGCCGAGGUCAAUGUGCUCACAUGCCACUUGCCACUGCAGGUCUGACUCUAGCCGCCCCUGCCCUCCUGGGGGCCUCCUGGAGCCCCUGAUGGCUGCAGAAGUGGGGCGCAUGCUCCCUAGAGGAGAAGCAUCUGUGGUGGGCCCUCAGAUCCAUGUUUUGUGUUACCAUCGUGUUCCAA